AUGCCAUACCAUGCCUUACCUGCGCUCAAUCAGCAGUUCAUUGUAGAUACGAAAUACGAAUUCAUACGCGAACUGGGACAAGGGGCUUAUGGCGUUGUUUGGUAUUUACUUUUGUUUUACUCUCGGACAUGCUUAAAUUGUCCGGAAAAGUUCGCUUUACCCGUUCCAAAAAAUACUGAGAAUGGUGAGCAAGUGGCAAUCAAAAAGGUUACAAAAGUCUUUGAGAAGAACAUUCUUGCUAAACGCGCUUUACGGGAGGUGAAACUUUUGAAACACUUUAGUGGUCAUGAGAAUGUUAGUCUGUUUACCUAUAAAAAACUCAUGGAAGCAGAUCUUCAUCAAAUUAUACGUUCAGAACAACCAUUGACGGACGCUCACUUCCAAUAUUUCGUGUACCAAAUUUGUCGGGGGUUAAAAUAUAUCCAUUCAGCAAACGUUUUGCAUAGAGACUUGAAACCUGGUAAUUUAUUAGUAAAUGCUGAUUGUGAACUUAAGAUUUGCGAUUUUGGCCUUGCCCGUGGUUUUUCUGAUUCGCCUGAUCAUAAUGCUGGUUUUAUGACGGAAUAUGUUGCAACACGAUGGUAUAGAGCUCCUGAAAUAAUGUUGAGUUUUCAGAACUAUACUAAAGCCAUUGAUAUGUGGUCCGUUGGUUGCAUUUUUGCGGAGAUGCUUGGUGGUAAACCUUUAUUUAAAGGACGUGAUUAUGUUGACCAAUUAAACCAAAUUCUUGGAAUUUUGGGUACCCCAGAUGAAGAAACUUUAAGAAGAGUCGGGAGCGAGAGGGCUCAAGUUUACAUUCGUAGUCUACCAAAAAUGCCAAAAAUUCCUUUCUCACAACUUUAUCCUAAAGCAAAUCUUUUAGCGCUCGAUCUAUUAGAAAAGCUUCUUAAAUUCGAUCCUGCUGCAAGAAUCACUGUUGAGAAAGCUUUGGCCCAUCCUUAUUUGGCUGCAUAUCAUGACGAAGAAGAUGAGCCGGGACAUGAUGAAAUUUUUGAUUUCUCGUUUGAGUCAGUUGAUUCGAUAGAAGAUAUGAAGAAAAUGAUUGCCCAGGAAGUGAUGUCUUUUAAAGCAUCUAAACAGGCGUCAUUAGGAUUGAAUUGUUCACAAUUAGGACGUAAACCAAGUUUGUCAGCACCUGACCGCGACGCGCUAGCCCAGCAGCGUCAGCAAACUAACCGCAAUUCUUUAUACGAGUAUGGUGCAGCUAGUCAACACGCAGCUAUACCUUCUGCGAGUAUGGAAGUAGAUGAUGAAUUGGAAAAAGAAUUAGGUGGCAUGUUGUAA